AGUGCUAAAUCAUGUCAAUCAACUCACUCGUGCACGCUACAUUAUUCCUUCGUCUAUGAUUUUCACGCAAGACAUAACAAAGAAGAAUGUAGUGAACAAUUGACACCGAAGAGAUGGUCUCAAAAUUUAGAAGAAACAACAACAAGAAAAAAAAACAGCCUAGAUCAAAAAACUAUCGACAAAAAAAAAAUCUCUCAAUUUUCCAAGAAUUUCAUUAUGCCAUUCAUUCAGCAGAUCGGCAUUCGGCAGUCGUACUAUACAACAGUUGUGUGUUCAUUUUUUUUCUUUCUCUCGCCCUGUUCGCUCUCUCGGUUUGUUUGUUUCAAAUAAUUCGGCUUUUUCGAAAUUGGUGAAUAGACAGUGUUUCCCUCCAUUUGCGCAAAACGCCAUCGAACUCAAAGAAUUCACGUGAACGUCGCUUCGCACACAACAUACACACCACUACAAACGAAAGCGUCACUUUGACAGUUCAGUCUUUAUUGCUGUGUGUUCGCCAUAUUUAUGAGCCAUUCAUAAGAGUGCUACAACAGAGAAAAAUCAUAUUGUGUUUUUUUUUAUUAAAAAAAAGUUUUUUUCUUACGCCGAUUUAGUGCUUAUUCCGAUUUGUUUAUGCGAUUUUCAAUUGGUAGCUAAUCAAAAUAGUAUCAUUGAUUACGCAUAAUUGGAGCGCUAUGUCAUUUUUUGAGAAAAACCCGUAUUCGUCAAGCUAUAUUGACAAAAAGGAAAGCAUUUCAGAACAAGAUUCGCCUCGACGUCUCAAAGUGGCUUUGAAGAAAUUUCUUUCGGAUGAAAAAUUUCACAACGAUGGAAUGCCCACGGAUGCUAGUACAACAACAGCAGCAGCAGCAGCAACAGCAACAAACAAUCACAUCGAGCCAACAUUGAAUGAAGCAUCAGCAUCAACAGCAGCAGCAACAGAAGCAGCAGCAGCCGCUGUUGAAGAAUCAGUUAAAUCGCCCGAUGGGAUCGUGCCUAAGGAUGAUGACGACAGAUUCUGUUUUGAUACGGAGAUUUUUCGCGUCUAUUGUAAAUGUACCGAAUGUUUACAGUAUCGUGAAGUUUUGAUUCAAUUAGUGCUUGAGGAUCAUGAAUAUAAUACGUUGUGGGAUCGUUUGAAGGCUCUCAUUCGAGAAUUCUAUGAUGUUAUUCCACAAAAUCCAGUGCCGUAUGAAUGUUCAAUGGAUGCCAAGUACGAGGAGUUAAUUAAUUCGCAAGCGAGAUGGUUCACCGAUGGACACAUCGACAAGCAGAAAAAUAUACAAUUGUCGUUAAGUUCUCAGUUGCCGCUUACAAAUGAAAUGACGUUCAUACUUGUGUUCACAAUGUUAUACACGCGUGAUCCUCAUCAAUUGUUCGAGCUGCUGUGUAUUCAAUUGCGGUGCAUUUCGAUUUCGUACAGCGAUGGACUGAAACAGAUGCUAAAAACGAACGGAGACGAUGAAACUCCGACCUAUAAUCCUGUUGAACUACUUACAUUCAUCUUGGAUGGAUAUGAUAAGUUCUGUAGCACGGCAAAGAAAUUAUCCUCACUGUUGUUCGAAUUGCAACGUGAUCAUUUGCAGCAGUUUCUAUUGACAUGGACAAUAUUGAAUAAGCGCAUGUAUCAACGGUACGUUUAUAUGGAAAUUCAGGAGUUGAUACCCGAGUGUAUACUGAAAUUGAAGGAUCUACUGGAACCGGAGGAGUAUAGCACAAUGGCGCACAGACUGAUCCGAUUUGAUGAGGAUAUGACAUCCAUCACAAAGAGCUGGUCAGAUGUAUGGUCAUUGCUGCAGGAAUAUCAUAUGGGAAGUGAGGAUACGGAACGGCGAAAUCGAAUAAGUUGCAUUCAAGAUCUUCUCAAAGCGAUUCGUGACUGUGAGUUUGACUUUUCGCCUUAUGAGAAACUGCUGAAGCGGGAGAAUUCCGCGAAAAUGCAGUGGAUGAAAAUGGAAAAUCGAGAUGAAGCCUGGGUUUUGACCGUCGACUAUCUCAAGCGUGUGUGGCUGGAGAAGGAUGACUCUCGGCUCUAUGCCAGCGUUCGCAACGAACGAUGUAUAACGUGUGAUUUUGCAUUAGCGAGUCACUAUGCCGAUUGUGAUUGUGUGACCUGCUUGUUUGCCGGCGGCCCUUGUAGUAACCAAGGGAAAGAGGUGCUUGAGAAGUACUACUGUACGAAGUGUUCAUUUUAUGAGAAACUCGACAGGGACUACAUGGAUUACAUAAAAAAAGACAUAACACGACGGCUAGAAGAGACAUCGGACAAAUCACUGCCAAAUACAGAUGACGAUGAUAACGAUGACCUGGAUAUCGAUGAACUAACGGACACAAUGCUGGAAAAUCAUUGCUAUCAUCUAUCGUGGGCUGUCUUCAAACAUUUGCCAUUGCGAAAGGUUUACAGUGCAACGAAAUUCGAUGCGCGACAUUUUUGUCCAUUUCAAGAGCCACCGUGCAUGCGAAACGAAUGUCGCGUGGCCACACAUAUCAUCGCCGGCCUUUACCCAUUGAACUUUUCCAAGUUUUUGAUAAAAGCCUAUCAGCCGCUGAAAGAAGAAGAGCGCAAAGAGCUAAUGAACAUUCAAAAGCUGUAUUUUUCGUAUUUAAUGCAAAAAAUCAGCGAUGAUAAAUCGCAAAAGGUGGAUAUGCUACAGCAAAUGGACCUACUGUGGAACAUUGAUGACGCUGAGUAUACACUGUUCUGUGACAUUGGAUCGGCGUUUGCCGAAUGUUAUUUGAUUGAUAUGCCGAUUCCCGUUCAGGAGCUACUCGAUUCAUGUUUCAUUCCCGACAACGGCGACAUUGAACUGAACACAUGUUGGCUCGAAUGUAUUUAUAUGUUCAAAGAAAGUGAUAAUUCUCCCCUUAAGAAAAUCGAAAACGAUCCCAAAGUGCUGGAAUUUCAAUUACGCAUGCAAAUGGACCAAAUUAGCAGUAUGAAUGAUGUGGGUAAAUUUUCAACGGCGGCAACCACCAAACUGAUGACGGCCACCACAUCUUCCGAAAAAUUGAUUCCACUCUUCCAACUACCGGCCGACGAAAUGGAAAAGGAUGACCAUGAACUGACUACGAAAAAGAAAUUCAAACCGGAACAGUAUGAAAAACUACGAGCACUGCUCGAUGUGGUGAAAAAUGAAUCGAAAACGGAGAAAAAAGAUGAGGAAAAUGAAUCAAAAGAGUGUGCACAUAGUUCAGCGAGCGCUGCUAGUUCGAAAUCGAAGAAACCGAACAGUUCAAAGAAAAUUACUGGUGAAACCACAUCGCCAACACCAUUUCGUGAAACAAAAUGCAAAAAACAUGAUUUAUGUGAUAAAGACAAUGCAACGGAAAAAGAUGUGACUUUGGCUGAUGCUGUCAAAAUCGCCGUCAAACAACAAUUGAAUCAGAAACUAGAAGCAGAGUUGAAGAGUUUGAAAAAAGAGCACAGUGUACUUAAGGAUAUGGUCCGUGAUCUCGAACAGAUCAAAGAGAACGAUGAAAGCCAAUUAAUAACGAAAAAAGAGAAGGCAAACAGCUCGGCUAACAAUGGCGGACAUCAUUGUUGCUCGGAACACUCGGACAUGUUGGAGAAUCAGCAAAACCAUCCGAAAAUGUGUCAUCGUGGUGACGGCCAAUGCACCUGCUACUAUUGCACAAUAUUUGGUCACACAGAAUGCAAUCACGGUCGAUCAAAUGAGACGCGUGACCGGUUGAGAAAGCGUUUGCAUCAGAUUCACAGCAAGAGUUCGACAAAAACGCUCACCACAAAGACCAUCAAAAAUCAACCGGGUGCUUUGAAGAAAAUGCUCGCAUCGAAAGUGCAGACACCGGCCAACAGUGCAGCCAGUGCAGCAAGUGCAGGUGCAAGUAGCACACAAGGUUUUGACAUCAUACCACUGAAGCAGCAACAACCAUCAAAGCCAGUUGUCGAACAAAAAGACAACAGCACAAAUGAAAUUCUCGAAGCGGCGCUACAGGACAAUUUCACGAAGAUCACCACCGGUGCCAAUACUGCAAAGGGUGCAUGUUCAAAGGCGUCAGCGACCAAUCAAACCACUGCCAACAGUACAAUCAAUGCAACCGAUCCGAAAAAUGCCAAGAAACGAAAGAUAUUGACGGCCACCACCACCACCACCACCACCACGGCCAAAUCGGAGCAUGUAAACGAUUGCGAAUCUGGAAUGUGUAAGUCGUGUGAUGGGAAACACAAGCAUCGAUCGGAGACCACCACAUCAAAUUCCGAUGCCGAUACGAGUGUAACGCGUAAAACAAAAACGGCACAAGCAUUUACCAACGAUGAUGCAUCACUCGAUGACAUUCUCGAUUUCAUCGAAGGCAACAACACCAAUAAAAAAGACUCACAGAAAAAAGCCGCCAAGAAGGCGAAGCAGAAGCAAAAGAAGGAGGAUAUUAAACGAAUCGAGGAAUUGGAGCAACACCGUGAUCAAUUUCAUGAGGCCUUUUUCAAGGAAUUAGAUGUUAAAAACGAUUUGAAAAACCUGCGCAGUAUGAAAAAACGUGAUAAAAAGAAAAUCGCCGAACUUGAAACGAGUAUCAAGAAGUAUGGCAAAUUCAAAUCCAAAAUUGAAUCGAAUAUCUUGGAAUUGAUUGGCAUGCUGAAGGCAAACAAUCCCGACUUCAAAUUCGCCUACUUACCGACCAAGGAACAGCAGCUCGAAAAACAACAGCAGCAACAGACACAAGGCACACCGCCCGUCAUUGCCGAACUGAUCGGUGACCAAGUGAAGAGUCAGCAGGAUAAGAGCAACAAUGUGCGAUUGAUUCAGAAUGAUCAGCGACAAGAGACAUGUGAGAUUUCGCUUGAUCAAUCCAAGCGAAUGGUGACCAUUCGACGAAUAAAUGUGCCGCAUGCUGAACCACAAGUCACUGUCACUGCAAAGGGCAUUUCACCCGAUAAAGAUAAACUCCUCUACACAUUCAUCAACGGUCAAUUAAUUCCGAGCGCAAACGUUCCAAAUACACCACCAUCUGCGAAUGUUAAUGCAACAAACAGUGCCGCUAAAUCGAAGCAGCAAAAUGCUAAAGUUGAGCCAUCGUCGAUCGCUAAAUCAUCGGCCAAAAAAUCGGCCGUCGAGCCCGUGUUGCCUGACAAAAAUGCAAAGAAGAAUGCAAAAGAGAAGCCAACAGAGAAAAGUACUAAGGCCAAUGAAAAAACCAAUGGCCGCAAAGUAUCGCCAGAAAAUUCCAAGGCGUCGACAUCAAAAUCGACCAAAGCCACCGCAAAUACUGCCUCCACAAUAAAAGAGAAGGAAAAAGACAAGGAGAAGGAUAAAAAACAGAAGAAGGGCAAAAAGGAUGUUGAAUCCGACGUUGACACAAUUAUCAAUUCCACAAAGGAGCUGACGAUCAACGAUGAGAAGCCGAAAAAGGAAAAGAAGAAGGUGAAAGCCGUGAAAUUCGAGUAUGCCGAUCCCAAUUACAAAGUGAAUCAGUUCGAUUUAUUGGAUAUGGACGAAGAUGAUGAUUACUAUAUUGAAUCGUCGUCAGAGGAAUCGAGCGAUGAUGAAUCUGCACCACCACCGCCGCCACCUGUAACCAAACCAGCCACAGUUACAAAACAACAAACGCCUCCACUGUCAAAUCAGUCUUCGAUAGAAUCACAAUCCACCGUACAAUCCGCACAAAGUAACAAAAAUACCAAAAACCAACCGGCAGCAAAGAAUGCCAAGGCUGUUGAAACCACCAAGAAGGGUAAGAAUGAUACUAGCGCAAAGACGCAUUCGCAAAAAAGUGAUAAGAAACCAUUGGCCGAGAGUAACAUCGCUCCGCCGACCAAAUCACAGAAGCCGCAAAACAAUCAAGCGCAACAAGCGACUGCAUCUGCAGCUAAACAAAGCAACACCACUGACGAUUCCAAUUUGUCAAAAAAACAAAAGAAAAAAUUGGAAAAGAAACAGAACACAGCUCAAACGCAGCACCAACAGCCAAACGCAACCAGAUCAUCUUCAAGAGCGGACCCCGAAUUCUAUUCGAUGAACUCGUCAAUGCAACGAAUGCGUCUCGAUUCGGAUACAAGCGAUGCGAUGAAAAAUCAAUCACCGAAUAAGGGUUCUCCAAAUGUAAGCAUCAUGGAUCAAUUGAAUCGUGGUGUCAAAGUUGAAGGGCUCACACUUCCACCAGGCAUAACUUUAACGCGUGUUGAUCCACUUUCGGCCGAAGGCAUGCGUGCUAAAAAAGAAGCGAUCUCACGCAUUUCUCAACCGGCUCCAACACAAUACCAACAGCCGUUGGAAUAUCAACGACCACCGCCAUUUAUGGCUGGCAUGCAAAUGCCAACGAAUGGUUUGAUAAUGGUUGACCCAAUGCAGAAUAUUGCAUCGGCCGAUCCAAAGGCGCAAUCGCAGCCAGGCUCGAAGAAAAACCGUAAGAAUCGAAAGAAAAACAAGAACAAACCGGAAGAGGAGAAUGUGAGUGAGCAAAAUGGUCAGCCAAAGAUUGUAACACUGCGAAAUCCCCUAUUCCAAGGAACAAGUGAUCCGAGUCGAACGCAACCACCGAUGCCAUUGCAGCAGCGGAAUCAGGUGCCAUUGAAUAUAAAUCAACCGGCGUCGAUAAUCAAGAACGACAAUGGAAUGUUCACCAUUCGUAAUACGGCCCUGCACCAAGCUCUGUCCAAUGGUGUGGCACAAAACUAUCGACCAUACUCGAGCGAAGUGAUGUAUCAACCACAGGAAAAUAAACAACAACAACAACAACAGCAGCAGCAGCACGAUAAUUACUCAUACUUCUCCGGCAAUUCGAAUAAUACGACCGCUACUAAUUCGACCAACGGUAGCUCAACGGCAAUUGCUCAAGAUGCGUUGCGAUCGACAAGCGCACCAAAACCCUCACUCAUGGCCAUCGGCAGCGAGCUACAGCAACGAAAGCAACAACAGUCGUCAUACGCUGGCAUGAACGGCGGUGACAUGUUCAACAGCAUGCACAUGGACACAAAACGACCAUAUUCAGCAUUCGAUGUUAGUUCCAAUUAUGGUUUCAACAGUGAUUUCAUCGGAUCCGCUCCGAAUAAUGCAUCGAUUCCAACCACAAUGCAAAAUCAAUACUAUAACGUCAACGGUGGUUUUCCAUUCAACAAUCAAGCACACAGCGACAAUACGAACAGUUUAUUUGGUAGUCGAACGCCAAAUUCAUUGACAAACUCGCAUUGCUGUGACGAUUCUCCACCCAGCCACGAUCCAUACGGUACCAAAACCACGGACGAUAACUCCUUCUUCAAAAAAUUCGAUGAUGAUUCAUUUUUACAUGGAUUGCAUCCGGGACAGCGGCUGAACAGCGAGGUGACCAUUCACAAUAUAAACGAUCCGAAAUUCAACCGAAAGCCAGCACCAGUCAAUUUAAGAGACGGUGUUGAAAUAACACGGAUUAACGGUCCCGAUGGUUUCAGCGCCAAUCCAAAUCUGGCCGUUGGCAGUCGACCAAUCAGCCGACCAACUGCUGUCAACGAUGAUUUGAACAACAGUGCAAGUUCCGAAUUCGGAGAAAAUGUGUUCGUUCCAAACUCUGCGGUAAAUCUCAACGAGCUCGAGACUGAUGAGCGUGAAAUUGAAUCGUUCAAGCGUUUCAACUACUAUUACGAACCUCCAAAAAAUAAACCGAAAGUAAAUCUCGACGUGAAAGGAAUCGUGGUGGCCAAGAAGCAACCCGCAUCGAAUAAUUCUUCGCCAUACUUUGGUGAAUUGGCCGGCUCAUCACUGAGCAACACUCCGCGUCUCGAAGACGACCUCUAUCCCGAACUAAAUGCAUUUAAAUCGAAUAAUUGUGAUCAUACAACGAUUAAUCGAAUUCAUUUGGAUAAUUUUUUACAUGGUAUCAUUGGUGAUGAGCUAAAAACCGAUCACAACUAAACUUCGUACUGCAUGUCAUGAUAUGAAACAUUGAAAUUUCAAACCAACAACAAUAACAUCAACAAAAAAAAAACAGAACCACAAUAAAAAAAGAAGAUAAAAGAAAACAAAAAUCAUUAUGUAAAAAACAAACUUAAGGGAAAGAAAAAUCGAAAUAAAAACAAAUAAAUCAAUUAUUCACUUGAA